UUUGCAUUCAUAACUUCUUGACAAAUUGCAUAUAAGUAAUGAAGUUCACAUAUAUAAUUUCAUCCAAAAUAAUUAACAUCCAAGUAUAGAUUCUAACUUUUCAGUAAAUAAAAAAAAAAGAAAACAAUUCAAAACCGCGAAAUUUGAAUGGAAAACAAGUUUGGGCGAUUUUUUGUGUUUACACUAUAUAUGUUUUGAGGUUAUAUAAAUUCCCGCCAGUAAACUUAUUCAACUAUAAAAUAAACAUCAGCACUAACUUUCUCGGUGCUGUAAGUGCGUAGUAGUUUGUAGUGUUAUUUAGUAGGGAAACGUUAAUUUAUGAAUUAUCAAUUAUGAGUAAACGUAGUUUACGAUCAAAUACUCUCUCUGAUGAAUUAACGUCACCUAAAAAACCAAAAAAAGAUGAAGAGAAAACCAGUAAAGUUGCAUCGCGUUCAAAACCAGUAGCACCUAAACGAACAACAACUAAAGCCAAAGCUAAACCUGAACCGAAACCCAAACCUAAACCUCAAUCUAAAACUAAAUCUAAAAAAGCUGAUGCAAAUGGAAAAGAGAACAAAAAAGAAUCCACUAUUUCUAAGAGAAAGCGUCAAGUUAAGGAAAAACCCAAGGUCAAAGAAGAUAAUCUGGAGAAUAAAAAAAAAGAUGAUGAGACUCCUGUCAAAAGAAAGAGAAGGAAAAUAAUUAUUCCCUCUGAUGACAGUGGAGACGAUUCGGAUGAAUACAAACCGAGUGAUGAUGAAGCUUCAGACUCAGAUGCCUCAGUAUUGUCAGCAGUUGCUGGUUCUGGAUCAGACACUACGACAGAUACUGCAACUGAUGACAACCCAACACCAAAAAAACAUCGGAAACCAAGAAAUCCCGGUAAAGGUAGAAAGUGUAAUCCAAGCCAAAAGAAAACUCAGAAGAAUGAUAAUGAAUCUGGCAAAUCAUUUCAACUGGAAAAAGCAAAAUUACCGUCAGGUACUAAAAGUUGGCCUCACUUGAAAUAUUCAUUCCUUCAACCUGACAAAAUUCGUGAUGCUAAGAAAAAACGACCAGAUGAUCCAGAAUAUGAUGCUAAAACACUCUAUGUACCCCAAGAAUUUCUUGAUCAACAAACUCCGGCGAUGCGUCAGUGGUGGGUACUAAAAAGUCAACAUUGGGACUGUUUUUUGUUGUUUAAAAUUGCUAAUUUUUAUACGUUAUAUCAUAUGGAUGCUGUUAUUGGAGUCAAUACACUUGGUUUGUCAUAUAUACCCCGUGAUUUUGCAUUCGCUGGAUUUAUUGAAUUACAUUAUAGUCGUUAUUUUAAAACACUUGUUGAAAAAGGAUACAAAGUAGCUCGUACAGAGCAAACCGAAAGUCCAGAUAUGAGGGAUGAACGUUGUGAAAAAUUUCAAUCACAAAUAACUAAAUUUGAUAAAGUUAUCAAACGUGAAGUUUGUCAAAUUAUUACUCGAGGUACACGAGUACCUUCGGUAUUAGAUAUAGAAAAUUUUUCACCUUAUUCUACUUAUUUAUUAUCGUUGGUUGAGCAACAAAAUUCAGCUCACUUAUCAACUUAUGGAAUUUGUUUUAUUGAUACAAGUAUUGGAGCUUUUCAUAUAGGUCAGUUCGAGGACGAUUGUAACAAUUCACGUCUUCUUACGUUGUUUUCUCAUUAUACUCCUGCCCAUGUCAUCUACGGUAAAGGCAAUCUCUCUGCAAAAACAAUAAAAAUAAUCAAUACUCAUCUACCAGUGAUCACCAUCAAAGAAGCUUUGCUUCAAAACUGUCAAUUUUGGACGGCUACAAAAGUUCUUGAGAAACUUUAUGAAAGAGAAUACUUUAAAGACGAGUCAGAUAAAUUUUCGUGGCCCGAUGGGUUGAAGCCUUACAUAAAUGAUCAAGGUACAAACGGUUUCAGUCCAGCUGAAGAUAAAACAUUAGCAGUUCAUGCUCUCGGUGGGUGUGUUUAUUUAUUAACUGAGUCUGUGUUGGAUCAUCAACUACUAGCGCAGAAAAAAUUUGAGACGUAUAUACCUCCAGAUUUGAAUGUGGUUAAUGGACAACGAAUUGGACCGCUUGUCAAUAUGGUAAUCGAUGCUGCUACUAUAGAAAAUUUGAAUAUUCUUGGCAGUAGUCCGUCACUUUUAACUUCCUUAGAUCACUGCUGCACGGAUUUUGGUAAGCGGUUAUUGAAAGAAUGGGUUUGUCGUCCACUUUGUGAUAAAAAUACUAUUAUAGCUCGCCAAGAUGCUGUCACAGAGUUACGUGAUCUAAAGCGCAUAUGUCUGGAGGCUAGUAAACAGUUAAACAACCUUCCAGACCUUGAAAGGUUAUUGAGUAAAAUUCAUGCUUAUGGAAAUGUUGCUAAUAUAAAAAAUCAUCCUGAUGCUCGAGCAUUCAUGAGCUCAGUGUUGAUUUAUAAUAAACGGAAAAUUACCGACUUGAUAACUUGUGUAAAAGGUUUUAAGCGAGUACUUGAAAUAAUGAGAAUUUUUGAUUUAUUAAGGAGUGACUUAAUUGUACGAACAACACAAAUUGAGCCGAAAGGAGAGUUUCCCGAUUUAACGAAAACUCUAAAUCAUUUUGAGCUUAGAUUUGAUUCAGAUUUAGCAUUAAAACAAGGAUGUAUAAUACCUAAAAAAGGAAUGGAUCCUGAAUAUGAUAAGGUAAUUGCUGAAUUAGAACAAAUAGAAAAAGACGCCAACGAAUAUUUAAAAUCUCAAAGUAAAUAUUUUGGAACUGAGAUUAAGUACACUGGUGGUACUGAAAACGCUUAUCAAAUUGAAAUACCAGACAGUGCAGUGGAUAAGGUCACUGAUUAUUAUGAAUAUCAAGGUAAACGUAAAGGUUUUAGACGUUACUUGACAGAGGAAACAAAAAAAAUUCAAGAACGACAAACAAAAGCUGAAGAGCAGCAUGAAAAAGUCCUUAAAGACUCUGAUAGACGCACCUUCGCUAAGUUCAGCGAGCACUAUGACAUGUGGGUAAGGGCUGUUCACAAAGUUGCUAUUCUCGAUGUCCUUAUUUCACUUGCUGAAUACUCCAGAAGAGGUGAUAAGUGUGUUCCAGAAAUCAACGAUACUAAUGAAGUCAUGAUCGAUAUUAAAGAUGGAAAACAUCCUUUCAUCACGUCAGAUAAUUUCGUUUCCAACGAUACGUCACUUGCGAGCAAUGGCUAUGGUCCUCUAGUUAUUUUAACUGGACCAAAUAUGGGUGGAAAAUCAACAAUUAUGCGUCAAGUAGGUUUAUUGAGUAUUAUGGCUCAUAUAGGAUGUCAUAUACCUGCACAGAGUUGUAAGUUUUCAUUGAUAGAUCGUGUAUUCACUCGACUGGGUGCCAGUGAUGAUAUGAGAACCGGUAGAAGUACAUUCCUCGUUGAAUUAAGUGAAGCUUCUACAUUUGUUCUUUACGCUACUAAAAAUUCUCUCGUACUUGUUGAUGAACUUGGUCGGGGUACAUCAACCCAUGAUGGUACAGCUAUAGCCGCAGCUGUUCUCCAAGCUCUCGCUAGACUUGAAUGCCGCACUUUAUUCUCUACACAUUACCAUGCACUCCUCGAUGACUUUAAAGACAAUCCAAAAGUUUCACCAGCUCAUAUGGCUUGCCAAGUUGAGAGUGAGGAAAGUGACGCUACCCAAGAAAUGGUUACUUUUCUGUACAAAUUCACUAAAGGUCCUUGUCCAAAAUCUUAUGGAUUUAAUGCUGCACGAAUCGCUGGCAUAAAAGCCAACAUUACAAAACGAGCCAAUGAUCUUGCUAAAAAACUCGAAGAUGCUGGUAACCGGAGAAGUUUAUUCAUGUCGUUAUGUAAAGUUAACAAUCAUAACGUAAAAAGGAUAUUAGCAAAGAUUCAUGAUGUUGCAGCUGAAUAAUAAUUUUUUUUAUUCUGUUUCAUUGUUACUAUGAUUUUUAUCAUCCACUGUUAAUUCUUGAAUAUGUUUGAUAACAUUAUCUAAUCGAAAAUUAUUUUUUACUUGAAUCUCACUGUUCAAUUUAUCGUGUACUGAAUGUUAAAAUAUUAUAAAUAAUUAUUUUUUUAAAUGUCAUAAGAUCGUAUCCGUGUAAGUUUAAAUUAUUUAUUUUUACUGUUCUCUGUUAACUGUUAUUGAAAUAAAAAUGCCCAUUCAUCGCUUUGUUUUGCUCAAUGAGUACAAAUUCAUAG